GCACUCCUCUGUGCUCAUCCGUGGCUGCUGCUCGUAGCGCCCCCAGCGCCGCCUUCGCCGCCGCCGCUGCCCGCUGCGCGUGCACUCCGCCGCCGCCUCCACAUCCCUGCCCCCGACUACGCGCGUGCCAUGCUGCGCCGCUCCGUCGCCGCCGUGCCGCGUGCCGGCGUGCGCCAUGCCAGCUCCAACGCUGCUGCUGGCCCCAGCGCCCGCUCGCGGCGCGUGCUCUACUACGGCGGCGCCGGUGGCCUGGCGCUUGCCGCCGCUGCGGCGGCGCUGACGAUGGGCACGGCGCACGCCGACGAGCGCGAGGUGCGGCAGGGCGUCAAGGGCGACGUGCGCCCGCACCCGCUCUGGUCGCCGCCCACGCGCGCCCAGAUGCUCGCCGCGCUCAAGGCGUCGUCGGCCGCCGGCCUGCGCCCCGAUGCGGCGCGCUCCAGCGAGGACAACCUGUCGCUCGGCACGCCCGCCAAGGACGCGCAGAGCUCCACGCCCAGCCCCGCCGCGCGCGCCGACAGCGGCGGCAAGGCCAUGGGCCGCGACGGCAACGAGGACGGCGAGGGCUUCGACCUGCUGAUCGUCGGCGGUGGCGCCACGGGCGCAGGUGUCGCCGUUGAUGCCACCACGCGCGGCCUCAGCGUGGCGAUGGUGGAGCGCGACGACUUUGGCGCGGGCACCUCGUCGAAGAGCACCAAGCUCAUCCACGGCGGCGUGCGCUACCUGCAGAAGGCCGUCUUUGAGCUCGACUACGACCAGUACAAGAUGGUGCGCGAGGCGCUGCACGAGCGCAAGACGUUCCUGCACAUUGCGCCGUACCUCUCCGAGCACCUGCCGAUCAUGCUGCCCGUCUACCGCUGGUGGCAGGUGCCGUACUACUGGGCCGGCACGAAGAUGUACGACAUGCUCGCCGGCUCGGAGAACAUGGAGUCGUCCUACGUGCUCAGCCGCGGCAAGGCGCUCGAAGCCUUCCCAAUGCUCAAGGCACAGGGCCUUGCCGGCGCCGUGGUGUACUACGACGGCCAGCACAACGACACGCGCAUGAACGUCGCCCUCGCCCUCACGGCCGUGCACCACGGCGCCGUCGUGGCCAACCACACCGAGGUGACGGCGCUGCACAAGAAGAAGGUCGAGGGCAAGCCGGACCAGAUCUGCGGCGCACGCCUGCGCGACGUGCUCACAGGCGACGAGUGGGACGUCAAGUGCAAGGGCGUGAUCAACGCCACCGGUCCCUUCUCGGACGCGCUGCGCAAGAUGGACCAGCCCACCGCGCAGGAGAUUGUGGCGCCGUCCUCGGGCGUGCACAUCACGCUGCCGGGCUACUACUCGCCGCGCGACAUGGGUCUGAUUGACCCGCAGACGUCCGACGGACGUGUCAUCUUCUUCCUGCCGUGGCAAGGCAACACGAUUGCCGGCACCACCGACACGGCCGCGCCCGUCGAGGCACACCCGCACCCCAAGGAGGAGGAGAUCCAGUGGAUCCUCGACGAGGUGCGCAACUACCUUUCGCCCGACAUUAAGGUCCGCCGCGGCGACGUGCUGAGCGCCUGGAGCGGCCUGCGCCCGCUGGUUAAGGACCCCGACGCGAAGGACACGCAGUCGCUCGUGCGCAACCACAUGAUCAACGUCUCCGACAGCGGCCUGCUCACGAUUGCCGGCGGCAAGUGGACGACGUACCGCGAGAUGGCCGAGCAGACGGUGGACAAGGCCAUCGAGUCGUUCGGCCUGAAGCCGGUGCGCGGCUGCGUCACCAAGGAGACGCGCCUGCUCGGCAGCCACGGCUGGAGCAAGACGAUGUACGUCAAGCUGCUGCAGCGCUUCGGCCUCGAGACGGACGUGGCGCGCCACCUCUCCGCCACGUACGGCGACCGCGCCUGGAGCGUGUGCAGCAUCACCGAGGCCACGGGCCGCCGCUGGCCGGUGCACGGCAAGCGCAUCGACCCGCUCUACCCGUACAUCGAGGCCGAGGUGCGCUACGCCUGCCGCUCCGAGUACGCCGCCACGGUGCCCGACUUCAUCGCGCGCCGCACGCGUCUCUCCUUCCUCAACGCCGAGGCGACGGUGCAGGCCAUGCCGCGCAUCAUCGACCUCAUGGCCGAGGAGCUGGGCUGGGACGCCAAGCGCAAGGAGCGCGAGUACAAGGAGGGCAUCGAGUUCCUCGGCUCGAUGGGCAUCCAGCCUGCGCGCCUCGAGCAGCUCAAGGGCGUGAGCCUCGACGAGAUGCGCAAGGUGGCCGAGGGCAAGAAGAGCGCCUCCUUCUCGCACCUCGCCUCGGCCGGCAGCCUCGACUCCAACGACCAGCAGGCCACGCUGCUCUCGCGCGCCACUUUCUCGAGCGAGGAGCUGACUGACCUGCGCAAGCGCUUCAACUCGCUCGACGUCAAUGCCGACGGCAAGGUCGACUCGCGCGACCUCAAGGAGGUGCUCUCACGCCUGGGCUACAAGGACGUGCGCGACGAGACGAUCUCGGGCAUUCUCUCGGAGGUCGACUCUGCCAAGUCGGGCCAGCUGCACUUCGAGGAGUUCCUCGACGUGUGCGCCGGCGUCAAGGAUGCGCGCAUGACGAACGCCUUCACGGACAUUGUUGAGGAGGCCUCGAAGCACGACCCCGUCGGCUCGCAGGCCAAGGAGCAGAGCGCACGCCGCGACGAGCGGCGCACGGUGCCCGUCGAGAAGAGCGGCGGCGGCUGGUGAGCGCGCUUGAAGGACAGAGAGGCACAGGCUGGGAGAUGGGAGGGACGAGCCGCUGGAGCUGGUUGCACUACUUUUCCAAUUGCCACGACGGGACGCUGCUAGCAAUCGAUGCGCUUCACUCAGACCAAUCACAGC